AUGGGCCAGCGCAUUGCGCUGUUUGGUGUAGCACUAGUGUGUGUACUUUUCAGCAGAUUUGCAAUAUGGAUCAUAAUCAUCGGCAUUGGCCUGGUGCUCACGAAGCGUCCAAGUCGCGAGCUACCCCGGGUGAACUGCGAGCCGCUAGUCGGCACCCCUCAUGACUCCGCCGUCAAGCCCAGCCUAGUUACAGACCGCCCAGUAGCGAAUGCAUUGAAGGGGCUCUGUCGAAAAAUCAUCAAAAGGUAUGUGCGCAAAUGGUUCAACAAGGUUUCCGAUGAUCCAACUUUUCCGAACGAGGCUGAGUCGGCCUUAGAGGCCGCCUUUGCCAAAAUAAUUGCUCAGAGUCGCCUUGUCGACUGGCAUUACUUUCUCGCUUGCAAAUGUUUGCCCGUCAUAGUCAGACACUUUAGUGACUACGUUAAAGCGUCCGAAAAAGUAAUGGCGCCCCGAAAGGGAGGAGGGCUCAAGUUGUCGGAAGUGAGAAGCAAUGCUUCUCGUAUUGCGAGUGUGUAUGCACAUGCACAUCCAGGAGUGCUAGCAAACAGCAGGAUUGAAGCCUUGGCAUACGAAAUCACUUUCCUGGCAGUUGACGCAGACAUUUUGAACUAUCAGCCUGUCAAACGACUGAUAAUCGACUCUUUAGAAAAUUUGAUUUUGGAGAACGCUUUCAAGACAUUAAGUGAUCCAGACUUUCUGAAUAGACGUCUGGUUGAUUUUGCCGAAAACCAAUUGUCUGAUGUGGAGAAGGUUAACCGGAUGCGUAGAGUCAUCCAGCAAUCGCUCUCUGCCAGUCACCUUAUACCAAAGGUGAGUGCGGAUUCGCAUCCCGCCGACUACGAGAGGUUUCUGCAGGAGGUUAGUACAAUAAAGCAGAUUGACGUUGCCCGGCAACUUGAAAAGUCCGUCGAGCUUCAGCUCAAAUCGCUUGAAGGAGCAACGUACAAACCCACGAACGCCCUGCUCAAGCGCAGAUUGGAAGAGGGUGUAAAGGCAAUUGACAAACGAAUUGCCGAGCUAUCCCCUGAUAAACCGUGCCCUCCUCCUGAUGCUAGUCUUCAAGACGUACUGGCGGACAGCCAGUUCACAGACGCUUUCAGGCGAUACAUGGCAGGUAAACACGAUGGCAGAUUCCAGCUCUUUUUGGAUAUUAUUAGCGUGCACAAGGCGUUAGUCGACCCUAUGGGCAAAGGUGAUGGUAAAAGGGCGUUUAAACGUGAGGAUCUACUAACCGCAAAGGGUGUGUGUCGACAUGCGUUGUUGGAAAAGUUCAAUAUGGACCCUGCUUCGCGCCGGGCCUUGAAGAUGUUUGUGGAAGCGGACUCGGUCUCACAAAACCUAUAUAUGUCAACGGAAAAGACACUAUGGGCAGUAAAAGAUGAAUUGGCUGAGGACCUAAAGUCCGCGUUGAUCAGUUUCAAAAUGUCACCCAACUACGCCAAAUACCUUGAGACGAAAUUGACACAGAAAUUGACCCCCGAAACUCCAAUUGAUGGUGAAGGUCUGGAUAAUAGAAGCCGUGAAACAUUGGUUGGCGCUGUGCAAGAUGUCUUGGAUUCUACAUCUGAUCUGCAGAACGAUCUAGACACUGAUUCGGAGGAUAGUAUGAGUGACGAUGAUUCGUCCGUGAGCUCUUCAAUCAACAUCAAUGCAAACUAUGAAGAAAAGAUCCGACAAACUGUAAUCGACAUUGAGCAAAUGGAGCGCCAGUGUGCACUGCUAGACUCGCUAUUGGUUAGGGCGGAAAUCAACCAUGACGAGAAUGAACAGCGCGUUUUCCGGCAGUCCAAAGAAACACUUGCGCGGGAGAUUGCCAGAAAACAUGCUCUGAAGGCUAGGUAUACUGAACGGUUGAGACAUGAAAAGCUUUACGGUAAAGUUACUCUCAGUGUUGACCGUUGGACCAGCUUCAAUGAUGGGGCUGGAGACUAUACAGCCUAUUUGGUUGAUGCUAAAGUCAUCAAUGAACCGAACGAAGGGUGGGUCAUUCCACGUCGAUUCAGUCAAUUCAACGAGCUUCGGAAAAUCCUCAAGCGUGACUUCCCGGAGAUCGCCAAUGUUGAGUUCCCGCCUAAAAGAUCUGUUCUCAGGUUUCAACCAAGACACUUUCUUGAGGCCAGACGUGCCCUUCUGAAUCAGUUUCUUCAAGAAAUUAGCCAGAACCCUGCUAUUUGCAACCAUCUGGCUUUCCGAAUGUUUCUGUCUAGCUAUCAAUUUCCCGAAACAUACUACGAGAUCGUAGAGGCUUCCAAUCAUACCUUAACCGGCAACCCGAGACAGUAUGAAUAUGCAAAUGCAGUCGACUCUGUGUGCGGUGCAUUCUUGACGUUAUUCAAUGUGGACCAGAAAUCAGACUGGAUCAAGGGCAAAGCAAUCGUUACCAUUGUACAACAAGUACUAGGGGGAACUAUUGAUAAACGAAUAAAUGACGCUAUUUCGAACAUGACACAAAAGAUUCCUUCUGCUGUUGAGUCAGUAACUGAGUCAAUAGAGAGCGAAGAACCUGUCAGAACCGAGGACCGCACAGCCGAGGAAAAGCUCAAAACACGCGAGCACGCCGACGCUUUGUGUUACCGACUGAUCAGGCAUUGGUUUGCACCAGUGGUGGGUCGUACACGAACACGCUACUGUGCCACUAUUCUCAUGGACCUUUUACAGAGUCCCUCAUCGAACCGCUAUGUCUUACUGAAUUUGCUCGAUCUUUUGAUUCAAGAGCUGCUUUUGGCUCAACCCUCUUCCACAGACGAAACCUAG